AUGGGGACGGUUUUGCUACUGUGUCUAUUAUUCUGGGCUUCUCCGUGCUCGCCGACGAUACCGCUGUAUUUAGGCGGUUUUUUCCCGUUACAUUUACAGUACAUGGCUCAGUUACUCGAUUCGGCUAAUCUGGCUGUGGAGCAUGUCAACGACAACGAUGACGUGUUAUUUGACUAUGAAUUGAUAUUACUAUUUAACAACACACAGGGUACAACAGGUGUAGCAAUGGACGCAUUGUUUUAUCAAUUAUUCAAUCCACCAACAAAAAUUAUGUUUGUUGGACCCAUGAUGUCGUCAAAUGCGGAAGUUACAGCUGAACUGACUGGUCUGUGGAAUAUUGUACAGGUUUCAUAUGCAGGUUCAGCCCCGUCGCUGUCCAACCGAGUGAAGUAUCCUUAUUACUUUCGCACCUUGCCCGCAAUGGACGGUUUCAAUGCAGCUAUAUUAGCUUUUAUUAAAACGUUCAACUGGUACCGUAUAGGAAUAAUUUAUGAACCAGCGGAACCAUACACAUCAACUAUACACGAUUUAUUGCUAAGAGUUUCCCAUGCGAAUAUUACAAUUGCAUGCAUAGAGUCGAUACCAGAUGACCCCGCACAACGGAUUAUUCAUUUGAAGAAUAAAGACGCCAGGAUAAUAAUUGGCAUUUUCAGUCCGGAAAUGGGAGCAAAUAUAUUCUGUGAGGCUUACAAACAUGGAAUAUAUGGGCCAAAGUAUGUGUGGAUUAUACUUGGAAUAUUUGGACCUGAAUGGUGGAUUCGAGAUGCAGAUUUAUUGGACUGCACAACAGAUGAAAUGAAUGCCGCAGUAAGGGGAUAUUUCGCUAUAUCAUGGGCCACGUGGAGUUUGGAUACUGGACCUACAAUUUCUGGAAAGGGACCAGUGGCAUUCACAGAAGGCGGUGACAGAAAAGGAGUAUUGGCUAUUGAACAAAAUAUAGAUUCCGUAGAAGUUGAAAUUGGCAGAUAUUACGCGGAUAGUGAUGACAUUGUUUGGAGUUUCACAGCUGAUGAAAUCUGGCAAACCCAUGGUGGGCAACCUCCAGCGGACGAAGAUACCACUGUCACCACUGUGUAUCAUAUUACUGUAUCGACAUCCGCUUCUUACAUCAUGUCAAUCUUGUCGGUAUGUGGCGUAUUAACUGCGAUGGGGUUUCUUGUCUUCAACUGUACUAAUCGGAAGAAGAGAGUGAUCAAAAUGUCAAGUCCAAACAUAAACAACGUCAUGGUGUGCGGCUGUGUACUAACAUAUUCCAGUGUAGUGUGCUUCGUACUGGAUCGUGGCCUUUUGUCAAGGGACGGGUUUCUACAUGUAUGUCGGGCACGUCCCUGGAUCCUCUCUUUGGGUUUCACAUUAGCCUACGGGGCAAUGUUCAGUAAGACAUGGCGAGUGUACACUGUAUUCACCAAUAAAACACCAAAACGUAAGGCCGUAAAGGAUCAACAGCUUUUUACAAUGUUAGCAGUCAUGGUUGCCAUAGAUAUUGCUAUACUGGUUGCUUGGCAACUUGUGCAUCCGCUGAUAAUUAUUGAGACUGAAGUCAAUACUGUGGUGAGAGAAACAGAUGACACAGUAUGGAAUGAUGUUUACAUUAUUCAGAGCUGUUCUACGAUUAAUUCCAGAAAUUUCAUUAUAGUCUCAUAUACGUACAAAGGCCUGUUAUUGAUAUUCGGUACAUUUCUUACUUGGCAGAUAAGAUCUGUAACCAUACCAGGGUUGAAUGACAGUAAAUAUGUAGGAUUGUCGUUAUACAGCGUAGUUAUUAUCAGUGUUAUUGGAGUACCUAUAUCUUUAGUCUUGGAGGAAAACGUCAACGCCUUGUCCAUUAUUAUCAGUGCCUUUAUAUUGUUCUGUACAACGAUGACGUUGUUACUAGUGUUCGUACCAAAGGUGAUGGCAGUAAGACGUGGGGAUGACGGCAUGGGAGCAGCGGUAAACGAUGCCUCCAUUUUAGACGACGAGACAACACAGAAUUCGCAGAGAAGGGUCAAUACUGUCGCUACCAUGACAACAGAGUGA